UGCUCUUCUUCGUAGCACAUCUCUACGAGCAUCAUGCUCUCCCAUUAAGCUCAGUGCGUUCGACAUCAACGUCUGCUGAUAUCGAAGAUGAUUCAAUUGUUGAAGACAUUGAAGCUGAUGUCGAGGAAGAAACCACUGUAAGGAACCUUCGGUAUGAAGAUUGGUUAAUGGAAGAAGGCUAUAGAUACAGAGACUCGAAGCCUCGUAAUUGGCUUGGUGGCGAAGUACCUUUUCCUUUGAAUCCAUCUUUCAAGCCGCCUAUCCCUCUCUCGGAUACCUUGCGCACCCUAAUAUACAGGCAAUAUAUGGCUGACCCGAAAAUGAAUAGUGUUCGCGCACUUGCCACUCAGUACCAUCUCAGUAUCAAGCGUGUCGAUGCGAUAUUACGACUGAAGGGUAUGGAAGCGCACUGGGCCAAGGAGAAUCGAUCACUUCAAACAGGCUUCGUCAAGGGGAUGGAAGAUGUCUUGGGAGUAACUCAGCACAUGAGAACAAGGGUAUCUAAAUCCCUCGCAUCUGAAGAUCCCACAAGACAUGACGUCCAAGAGGCUGAUGCGCACGAUGAACAAGAAGGUUCAGACUGGGCCCGUCUUCGCUAUCAACGUAUGUUCUGGGAGUCGAUUCCUGAGGGUGAAGGCAAAGAACCUUUGAUGCCAGAUAUCCUCGAGAAAGCACGCCAGGAUAUGGAGAAGCAAAUCAAGGAGACAAGGGAUGCUAAAUCACACCCCACUCUUGUUCCGCGGUUCCAGGGUAAGGAUCACGAUAAGAUCAAAUUUGUGAAGCCGGAGGGACGUCCUGCUAUCAAGUUUGUCGAUGUCGGUGGCAAAUUCCUCGACGUAAAUGAUCGUAAGAGAAGAAUUGCAGAGAGCGAAAGGAGAUCCAAGGUAAAGGCGAGGAGAAAGGAGGCUGCUUAUGCCUCGAGAACUGUUAGUUAAUGUAUCGAUCGUUGUGGUUUUCUUUAUGUUAUGUUCAAUUCGAGUUAUAUAAUGCUUACACAUUGCGAUUCAAGUUGGUUGAUGAAUGC